AUGAAGGCCUUCACCCUCGCUCCCGGCGCCGCCGGCCCUGCCCUCUUGGCGACCCUGCUCGUCUCCUCCCGCCUCGCCGGCGCCGUCCCCGUCGACACCUACGGCGAUGCGCCCGAUAUCAUCGGCCACGGUGGUAUCCCCGACGAGUGGAGGCCCCCGGCGCCCUGGGCUCCUCCCCCGCACUUCGACUGGGACAUCAUCGGCUACGGACCCCCGCCGCCUUCGCCUCCUUCGCCUCCUUCGCCCAAGCCCCCGGCGCCGCCCGCUCCCGGCCCCGUCUACAAGCGCGAGGCUGGCUUCCUGCCCGCCCCCGUUCCCGACCUCCCCAUCCCUGGAGACCUGCCCAUUGGUGGUGGCGCAGGUUACCCUCCCAGCGGCCCCAAGCAGCCCCCGUUCAAGCCCGAGGGCGGCAAGCCUCCGUUCAAGCCUGAGGGUGGCAAGCCUCCGUUCAAGCCCGAGGGCGGUAAGCCCGGCAAGGAGACCCCUACUACGCAGAUCUGCUCGGACAACACGAACGUGGCGGCGUGCUGCUCGGGUCCUGAGUGCUCCGUGAUUCCCUUUGGCAUCCUGAGCAGCCUCCUCGACGUCGGCGGUAUCGGCCUCCUGGGCAAGAACGGUUGCCAGGCUGAGCAGCAGAUCAACUGCUGCCCCCAGAACGGUGGCGGUCUUCUCAACGUCCAGAGCUGCGGCCCCCUGGUCGAUCUUAUUUAG